AUGAGAACGUCCCUCUUUUACGCCCUCAACGGGGCCCUCGGGGUUUUAGCCCACGAGUCGCUUGCCCAUUUCAAGAUCGAAUCCGGUACAGAAGAGCACCGCUCUCUCGAAGGAUGUUCCAAGAAUGGCAAGCACAAGUGGGUUCCCGACCCUGCGACAUUCGUCUUUCCUGAGAACGACUACAAACCCGGCAGCUCCUGGGAUCUCUGUGUCGGCACAUCUCAUUGUGCCCCACACGAGGCCUUGACUCAGGUUUCCUUCGAUUUCAAGGACAACGGCAUCGUCUUCAACUUCAAGCAUAUCGACCACUACAAGUACGAAGAUGUAGCCGUCUACAUCGAGCGUGGUCAGCCUCCCACAGAGGACUCUUUCAAGUACAACAAGAAGAGCGAUCACUGCAAGGCCAAGAACGACUACAAAGAGGCCAAGUGCUUGGUCCCCUUCUUCUCCCUCUCGGAUGGCGGCUCUUACGGCGACCUCUGUCCCCUCGAGGACAAUGGAGGCUGGAGACUUUACAUCAAGGUCAAGGCCACCAUUUCCCACGGGCACAAGAAGUACGAGCUCUACAGCCGCUCUCCCGAUAUCAAUGAGAAGUACUUUGUUGUCAGCUACACCUGCGCUGAGUGCAAGGAGUACAAGCACAAGAAGAUCGAGUUGAUCGAGGAGAAGGAAGAAGAGGAAGAGGCCGAAGCCGAAGAAUCUGAAGAAGAAAAGAAGUAUAAGAAGAAGAAGGAAGAGGCUGAGGCUGAGGCCGAGGAAGAGAAGAAGAAGUACAAGAAAAAGAAGGAGGAGGAGGAGGAAGAAGCCGAAGCUGAGGCUGAGGAAAAGAAGAAGUACAAGAAGAAGAAGGAACAAGAGGAAGCCGAGGCCGAGGCUGAGGAAGAGGAGAAGAAGAAGAAAUACAAGAAGGAGGAAGAAGAGGAAGAGGCUGCUGAAGCCGAAGAGGAAGAAGAGAAGCAUAAGGAGCACCACCAUGAGCAUUACCACAAGCAUCACCAUAACCAUGGUCACAACCACGCUCAUCGUCAUGGACACAGACACGGUCACCUCCACGGUCAUCUUCACAAGGAGCAUCAUCAUCAUGAUCACCGCCAUAAGAACCACCACCAUGACCCUCAUCACAAGGAUCCUCAUCAUAAGCAUCAUGCCCGUUCAUAUGAUCAUCAUGACCACCACAAGCACCACGACCCUGGACAUUACCAUCAUGGCCACCACGAUGGUCACAAGCAUGACGAUCCCGGACAUCAUCACGGCCAUCAUGAUGGUCAUGAUCACUACAAGCUCCAUCACUACUAUGAUCCCAACAGCCACCGUGACUUCAAUGCUUUCUUGGACGAGUACUUCAAGCACUUCGGUUAUCACUACCACCACGCUGAUCCCGGUCAUCACGAUGGUCAUCAUGGUCAUCAUGACGGUCACCACGAUGGUCACCACGAUGGCCACCACCACCAUGAUCCCUACAAGCACCUCUAUGGCGAGCAUCACGAUGGAAAGCACCACCACAAUGAGCACCAUCACGGAAAGCAUCAUCACAAUGAGCAUCACAACCAUCAUCAUGUUGAGCACCACAACCAUCAUCACGGCCACAACGAGGGUCACAAGCACCACCACCACGGUGAGCACCAUGAUGGAUACAACUACCACCAUGCUCGUGGUUUGCUCAAGGAUGAUGAUGAGAAGCACCAUGACCACGGACAUAAGCACCAUCACGGACAUCAUCAUGGCCACAACCACAGCCACGCUCAUGACCAUGUUCACAAGCACCGCCAUAAGCACUUUGACGACCAUGUCCACUAUAAGGAGCAUCACGUUUACUACGACUACAACGAUGAUAAGCACCAUGACGGUAACCACCAUGGUUAUGAUCACCACGAUCCUCACAAGCAUCACAAUGGCGGCCACCAUUAUGGUCACCACGAUGGUCACCACGGCGGCCACCACGGUCAUCACCACCACGAUCCUCAUAAGCAUCACUACAGCCAUGAGUACGAUUAUGGCCACUACAAGCGAUCUGAGCACAAGGAACCCAUUACUGUCUACUACAAGGAGAAGUCCGAUCAUUCUCGCACUCAUAUUGAUGCUUCCAAGAAGGAAAAGGCAUCCAAGAGUGAGCUCGAGGCCGAGAAGCACAAGCAGCUUUUGGAAGAGGCCAACAAGAAGGACGAGUACAAGUACAAGCACAAGGGCGAGCCUGAGCACAAGUAUCACUCCGAAGAGGAUAAGUACAAGCACGAGAAGGAGCACGAACACAAGUACAAGUCAGGACCUAAGUACGAGCAUGAGCAUGAGCAUGAUAAGAGGUCUGUUUCCGAGCAUGAUGGUUACAAGUCCGAAGAGGAGGUCAAAGAGGUUCUGAAGGGACACUUCCAAGAGGCUCUCAACAAGUUCUACCAUAUUUACUUCGCCAAGAAGUCGCACAAGCACUACGAGCCUGAGAAGCCUGAGGAGAAGCACGACUCUGGCCACUACAAGCACAAGGAGUACAAGCAUGAGGAACCUGAGGAGAAACACCACCCUGAUCACGAGGAGCACGAGGAGCAUGAACCUAAGCACCACGAUUACAAGGAGCAUGAGCCUAAGGAGAAGCACAAGGAGCACCACUACAAGCACCCAAAGGAGCAUGAGCAUGAGCACGAGCACGAGCACGAGCACGAGCCCAAGAAGUACCAUCACGAUGAGCAUGAGGAGCAUGAGGAACACGAGGAUAAGCCUGAAGAGAAGCCUCACUACGGUCAUCAUGAGCAUAAGGAGCAUGAGCACGAGCCUGUCACCGAGUUCGAAAAGUCCUCCCACCACUCCGCCAAGAAGGCAAGCUUGGAGAGUGAGAAGGAAAAGGCCAAGCACGAGGCUUUGGAGAAGCUUUGGGAUGCCCGCAUCACUCAUGAGCGCAAGUUCAAGGAGAAGCUUUUCUUCAUUGAAGCCGGCCACUGGCCUAAGAAGGGCGCCCACAAGCGCUCUCUUGAGUCCCACGAAGCUACUGAUGUAGAAGCCAACACUGCCAAGGUCGAGAAGUACAUUGAGAACGCCGAGGACAAGAUCUUGGAAGAAAUCGAGGAGGCCAUCCGAAUCGCUAUCAAGAAGGCCGGCGACGACCCUAGCUCUGGAACUAUCCUCAAGUACGUCAGAAAGGUUGAGGAAGUCAUCAAGAGCAUCAUCGCAAAGAACGUCAAGAAGACCAUCGCCCACAUCGUCAAGAUUGAGGGUGUUGAAGAGCCUGAGGAGGAAACCAUUAUUGAGUACCUUGCUCCUGCUAUCGCCGAUAUCAUCAAGGCUGCCGACAAGAUCUUCGCCAAGACCCUCGAGGCUCUGGGCGAUGACCCUUCAGAUGAGGAUAUCGAACACGCCAUCAAGAAGGUUCUGAAGCUUCUCGAUGAGAUCAUCGACAAGGAAAUCCGCAAGGCCCUGAUUCUCAUCUUCGGAUUGGAGGAGGAGACCUCCGAGACUACCGAAUACACCAAGCAUGGUAAGCACGAUAAGCGCUCCGAUCCCUAUGACGACACCACGGUCGAGAAGGCUGUUGAGAAGACUGUUGAGAAAUGGGCCGCUAAGUACGUCGAGGCAGAUGAGAAGAAGCACAAGCCCCUCAAGCGCUCCGUGCGAUUCGCCCGACUCUACAACUGA